AUGUUUGGCAAGAGGAAAACAUCGCAGAAACCGAACGAGGAGCUCAUUCGAGAAUUUCGCAAUGAUUUCCCCCAUGUCUUUUCCGAGCUUUCGAUCGCGUCGACGCUCCACCCGCAGGGUCUUGUCACCCACGCCCAACCAGGUGCCCUGCAGCCUGCGCCCUGGAACGAACAACCGUCCAUGCGAUCGAAUCUCGUCAAUUUUGUGAGUCCCACGGGUCAGCCGCAGGGCUUACACACGCCACUGCCCGAUCAGAUGUGCGCCGUCUUGCAUAGCCCGGCGGGGGACUUGCACACCCCGACCGUGGAGUGGAACCUGACCAGCUCGCCCUCCCGCUGGACACAAAUGCUCAGUGGCCAGACGAUUCGUUCCCAGGAUGACCCUCUACCCGCCAACAUCGCCAUGUUUCCCUCGGUCGACCCGAGCCAGGUCUUCUCCAAUGCGAACCCAUUCGCCCCGACGUUCGAUGAGCCACCCAGCGUCACGCGCUAUUUUGAUCAUGAUCACCGGGAAUACAUGGCCCCGGAUGAAUGCGAUCGGAAAGAGUCAUUCGCAACCUCCGUCCGGGAACUCUCAACGGAUCACUCAGUAUCGCUGGCGUCGAAUGUGCCGGAGAGGGUCUCCGUACAUCCAGAAAUUCCAUUCCGCUACCAUGUCAUCCUCCAUGCGCCCACCGCGAUGUUCGACCAUGCCCGCGAUAUCCCCGUGACCUAUCUGAACAAAGCUCAGGCCUACACCAUCACGGUCGUCGACUCCCGCCCACCGGUCGCGCCCACCCGGCCGGUUCAAUACCGGACCCGAAUCGGAAUCGCGUUCGAAGAACUCACCCACCGAUCCAACCCGGCCCUUUGCUGGCAGCUGUGGCACGACGCGCGGGGUGGGAGUGACGCCGAGCGACGCGGCAGUAGCCCCUGUGCGGUGGAAUUGGUGGCGCUAAAGGGAGGUGGCCGGGAGACGCCUGAUCCGACGUGGCAUCUGGAGAGUGCGUCCUUUAACCAGUUCUGUGUGUCGUGGACGAGCUCGGGCGAGGCCCAUUCGGCAGAAUGCCGGAUUCUCGUGCGAUUCCACUUUCUCUCCACGGAUUUUACUCAAUCCAAGGGGGUGAAGGGGGUUCCAGUGAGACUAUGCGCGAAGACAGAGAGGAUCUUGUCCCCGGAAUGCCCACCGGAAGGCGAGACCGAGGCGGAGAUAUGCUACUGCCGGGUGAAGGUCUUCCGGGAUCAUGGUGCCGAAAGAAAGCUGGCGAACGAUGUCGCUCACAUCCAGAAGUCGAUUGAGCGUGUCGAAAAACAAAUCGCCCGGGCGGACUACCACGGUGGUGCUCUAGGUAAGAAGCAGAAACGCAGGAGCGUCGCGCGCGGACCCACCCCGAGUGAUCCCACCCGAUCGAUGAGUCGCUCCCCCAGCGUAUCUACCCCGGGCGACCUAUACAAGGUCCUAUACGAUCUACAACAGCUGUUCUCCUCAGCCCUCUCGGUGAGUGUGUUCUCUCUGCCUGGGGAUGAGCAGGACGACCCCGAUCAGUUGGCUGGCAUCACGCUGGGGAACCAUCCUCCUUCGUCGCCCGGUGGGACGGACGUUCGUGGCGAUACCGACCACGAUGGUCCGACUGAAGAUGGGUUACCUGGUCGACCGUCUCGGUCUCCCGUCCAACGGUCGUUCAGUAUCACUCCGGGCAAGGCCUCGGCGGCAGACCCGGCACCCGGUGAGCUUUGUCAAUUUCGGCGUGCACUGAACGGGAGAGCUAACCUAUUCUCAGUGGCCUGUUUCUAUGUCCAAAUCCAGAAGAAUCACCGUUCGAGUACCUACUACCAUGCGAUGUACCUAGCGCAGCGGACCGUCCGCGAUUUGGCGUUGCAGCUAUCCAAGCUCGCUCGGAUCGACCUGAGAGGUAUCGUUCGCGUGGUCCAUGUCAAACGAAUGGGAUUAUCGAUCAUAGUCGAUGACGAUGUGAUCCAACACCUGCCAGAGGGUCAAGACAUGAUUGCGAGCUUCGUAGAGACCCCCGCCGUGAACCGUGAUCUGCGUUGCCGGCCUCGUUUUGAGGUGCGAUUGACCUAUUAG